AAGUUUCAAAGUUGAAACCAAUCAUAAAUUGAUCAGUGAACAGUUUAAAUUACAACGAGAAACAAAUUGAAAGUAAAUCAUUUGAUAUUAUAAACUUAGUGUUAAUUGUUUAAUAUAAGAUAAACUCAGCGACAGUUUUUUUUAAAAUGCCUUUCAAACCAGUUGAACAUCCUAAAUGUCCCCGAUGUGGUAAAUCAGUUUACGCCGCUGAAGAGGUUCUCGCCGGUGGGUCAAAGUGGCACAAGGGCUGCUUCAAGUGCCAACUCUGUAACAAGAGACUCGAUUCAACCAAUUGUACUGAACAUGGACCCAACGAAUUAUAUUGUAAACAAUGUUACGGUCGCAAGUAUGGUCCAAAGGGUGUUGGAUUCGGAGGUGGUGCCGGUUGUUUAAGUAUGGAUGUCGGUGAACAUCUUGGUAAUUCAGAAUCAACUGUAUCGAACAAACCUCACUAUGCCCCAAGUGCCAUGUAAUUUUAAUUGUUACAUCUUCCUGUUAUCCUAUUUAGACAUUUUCACUCCCAGUUAUUGAUUUAAAAAAAACUUAUCAUUCAAUUUGAAUAAAAAACAACAACAAUCAAUCAAUCAAUCAACAAUUAAUAUCGAUUCAGUUGAAUAACAAUUCAAUUUCUUAUGAGAAGUAACAAAAAUGAUUGAAUAAAAUUCAAUUACAAUUUGAUGACUUCUUUUUCUGGUCGCAAUUAAGAUCACAAUCAUUGGAUUUACAGUCAAUGUAUCAUUUGGUUAAUCAACAAUUAAAUCGCGAUCAUUUUCAAUUCCCAUACACAAGAUAAACACACAAACAACAUUUUCAAUUAAUAACAAUUUAAAGUCCAAUUUGUUACAAUUAACAUUGGAUUUAAUAGAUAAUAAUACAAAUGAAUGUUAAACAAAUAUAAUUAAUUAUUUUGGAAAAUGAUGAGAAAAAAAUAAUAAAAUAAAACUAAAUUAAAACUAAA